CGUUCCAAUUAUUAUCGUACACGUAAUAAACGUUCAAUGCUCUUAAUAAACGUUUCCUAAAUUUAACACGAAAUUCUUGCCCCUUCUUUAUCUUGAAUUAGAUGUAACCACACAUAGCCACAGAUCUGAAUCUAACGUCGACCUUUGAACCUUGUCUGUCAACACAACAUCGGACACUCGAAAGAAGAAAAAUGGCAAGAAAACCGGAUUUGGAAUUGCGGGUAGCGUUCUGGCAGUUGCACGACAAAAUGAUCGACACUCAGCAGAAAUUGAAGCUGGCGGAUCUGCAGAUCGACAAAUUGAAGCGAUCGAAACAGUUCGCUGAAUUAACGAUGAAGGAGGUCACCUCGUACCCGAAGAACACGAGGACGUACGAAUCCGUCGGCAGGAUGUUCCUCUUGGAUAGUAUGGAGAACAUCAAAGCGAAUCUCGAUAAGCGGAUGAAGACCGCUGACGAGAAGGUGAAGACCUUGGAGAACAACAAAGCGUACUUGCAACAGAACUUGAAAGAGUCCGAGAACAAUAUCAGGGAAAUGAUCCAACAGAAACAGAACAAAGAGGCGAAGAAAUAGGUUCUAUUAAAAUUGCUUGAAACGAUUUUAUACUUUAGUUUCUCAUCACUCAUUUAAUUCUAUAUGUCAUGAAUAAAAUGAUUGCUAUUUUAAUUUAACCAUAGCUAAUUGUAUUUGUAUUUACGAUAUUCUAUUUAUUAUCUAUGUGUUCACCAAUAAAAUCUUUUGCUACGAGUA